AUGGACUCCAUUUACCUUUUUCUGCUCCUCCAGUGCAUGUGUCACAGGCUUCCUCCUCUGGUGCUGAUGCUGGCUCCCCUCCACUCCCAGUUCCAUAUCAGGCUGAAUGCCAGAUACCCUCUCUCUUCCCUGCUCAGUCCCAAUUCAUCAAUAUCCACAACCCAAUAAUCCCUAAGGGGAAGGGAAAUCCCAGAUCCUUCACAUGUGAUAGCCUACUUCCUUCCCAGGUUGUCAAUACGGAUACACCACUUCUCCAAAGGAAUGAUCACAUCCGAUACCUCCCAAAGGAUUCUGGGGCUCUGGCGGAGGUGAGGUCAACCAUAGUUCUAUUUCUUCAGGGUCAACCCAGAGGUGCUGCAUUGAGGACUGGGCCACAGGACUGACCAGAGACUGGGUACCAGGGGCCGCUGGUCUCUGAAUCAUGGUGGUUAGUUAGGGAUGCAGCCUGCAGCAGUGAUGCCCUGCCUUCAUUGGAAGUGAUAGGGUUUAACACAGUAAUGAUGAGAUCUGAUAAGCAUGUUUCAGUCCGAGAGAAGAGCUUGAGUUACGCACCAUGUAAAUCACAACAAUGCUGCAGUCAGAGAUGUUGUGCCCCAUGGAGGCUGUUGUCUUCUCAUGACUCUGUUGAAGACAAUUCAGAUUAUUUGAGAUCCCAACAGAUAGGACAGCUGAUCUAAACUGUAUCUAAGAUAAGUAAUCAACCUCUGGCAGUGGCAACCUAAACUUGUUCAAUGGAAAAUGUACCUAAUGUAAUGAAAAUAUAUAUAUAUAUAUAUACAGUGCCUUCGGAAAGUAUUGAGAACCCUUGACUUUUUCCACAUUUUGUUUAGUUACAGUCUUAUUCUAAAAUCGAUUAAAUAAAACAAUUCCUCAGCAAUCUACACACAAUACCCCAUAAUGACAAAGUGAAAACAGGUUUGUAGAAAAUUUAGCAAAUGUAUUAAAAAAAUAAAUAAAAAAUACCUUAUUUACAUAAGUAAUCAGACCCUUUGCUAUGAGACUCGAAAUUGAGCUCAGGAGCGUCCUGUUUCCAUUGAUCAUCCUUGAGUGACUCUCAGACCAUGAGAAACAAGAUUCUCUGGUCUGAUGAAACCAAGAUUAAACUCUUUGGCCUGAAUGCCAAGCGUCAUCUCUGGAGGAAACCUGGUACCAUCCCUAUGGUGAAGAAGAGUGGUGGCAGCAUCAUGCUGUGGGGAUGUUUUUCAGCGGCAGGGACUGGGAGACUAGUCAGGAUCGAGGCAAAGAUGAACGGAGCAAAGUACAGAGAGAUCCUGCUCCAGAGCACUCAGGACCUCAGACUGGGGCGAAGGUUUACCUUCCAACAGGACAACUACCCUAAGCACACAGCCAAGACAACGCAGGAGUGGCUUCGGGACAUGUCUCUGAAUGUCCUUGAGUGGCCCUGCCAGAGCAGGGACUUGAACCCGAUCGAACAUCUCUGGAGAGACCUGAAAAUAGCUGUGCAGCAACGCUCCCCAUCCAACCUGAGAGAGCUUGAGAGGAUCUGCAGAGAAGAAUGGGAGAUACUUCCCAAAUACAGGUGUGCCAUGCUUGUAGCGUCAUACCCAAGAACACUCGAUGCUGUAAUCGCUGCCAAAGGUGCUUCAACAAAGUACUGAGUAAAAGGUCUGAAUAUUUAUGUAAAUGUAAUGUUUCAGUUGUAUUUUAUUUAUAAAUUCGCAAAAAUGUCUACAAAUAAGUUUUUGCUUUGUCAUCAUGGGGUAUUGUGUGUAGAUUGAUGAGGAAAAAACAAUGUAAUCCAUUUUAGAAUAAGGCUGUAACGUAACAAAAUGUAGAAAAAGUCAAGGGGUCUGACUACUUUCCGAAGGCACUGUAUGUCUAUAUGCAAGGUUGCAUUAAAUUGAUACAUCAUCAUCAUCAUCAUUAUGAUCGUUUAAGAACACCGAUGAUUCUCAAAACUCCACACUAUCACUGUCACUGAACUAAAGUAACCCAAAUAGGCUACAGACUACAGAAACUUAUUUCAAGUUUACCAUUAGACGUAGCCUACAAUAUGAAUAUAGAAUGUGACUGACUGAAACCGCGAUGUAAAAAAUGAAAAAGACUACGAAUGCACAUCAGAAUUAGCUUAGUCCAUCCAACAACAUAUCAUACCACUGUAUGGGGAAAAAAUCGUGAAAAAUAAGAUACUCACCCCAAUAAAAUCCAAUUUUUCGCAGAAUAUCCAUGCACAUAUAUGCUACGCACCGUGCACCAGCACAGACUUCACUUUCCAUCCCCAUCACCACAAAGAGCGCUUCUUUUCAAUAGUUCUUUUUUGGGGCACUGCUUCCUUGUCCUAGGAUAGAGUUCGUUGCCAUUUGAAACUUUUAGGAAUGAAUUUUCUGCCAUCUAGUGUCAAAAUGGAACAUUGGUUAUUCCUUAGUCAUUGCACCCAUGACCGCAAGGGCAUCGAACUUCACGAGGCUACAAUAACAUGAAAAGGCUUCACUUUUAAGAAAUAAUACAUCGUUGAACUUUACAUCUCCUUACAUUUACAUUUUAGUCAUUUAGCAGACGCUCUUAUCCAGAGCGACUUACAGUUAGUGAGUGCAUACAUUAUUAUAAAAAAAAAAAAAAAAAGUCAUCUCCUAACAUAUCAUCUAAUAACCAGGUGAAUACAAUGCAACUAACUAACUAACUGGACUGUCAGCAGGCUGGGGAUACUUACAGUGAAUUGGUUAUAAUAAAGUAGCCCCAGUCAGUCCAUUUAGUUAUAAACAGUAUAGUUACAUUGUAUUCGCCUGGUUAUUGCAUGAUGGUGCCACUACGUCAAACACUGUAUAGAAGAAGCAUUACAUGUUGUUUUGUCCCUAUUCUAUCCACUAUAACAAAAGCAGAUGCCAUGGCUACUGUCAGAGAUAAACUCCUUCACCUGGUCCUCUGUAGCUCAGCUGGUAGAGCACGGCGCUUGUAACGCCAAUGUAGUGGGUUCGAUCCCCGGGACCACCCAUACACAAAAAAAAUGUAUGCACGCAUGACUGUAAGUCGCUUUGGAUAAAAGCGUCUGCUAAAUGGCAUAUUAAAUUAUUAAAAACAUCAGUCCUACACCAGGAGGUGGUGGAAACACCAAAGUGACCAUCUUGGGUGUGGGUAACGUUGGUAUGGCAUGUGCCCUCAGUAGCGUACAGUAGGUGAGUCCCACUGUGCAUAUCACAGAGCACCAACGACUUUAGAUUUCUAUUCUGAGCUUGUUAUACAGUGCCACGCCAUUCCAACAAAUACAUUUAAUUGGCGCUAAUCAUUCCUAUGAAUACUGAUGAUAAACAGACUAGUAUAGCUUAUCACUUACCCUGUGACUUGCUGUGAAGGGUGUGGCUGAUGAAGUCACCCUGGUGGAGGCCGUGGAGGACAAACUGCAUGGUGAGGUGCUGGACAUGCAGCAUGCCAGCCUCUUCCUGAAGACCUCCAAGAUCACAGCCGCCAGAGGUCAGCCAUAGCCUGGCUCAGUGCCUGUGUGUGUGUGUGCGCAUGCUUAUGUGUAUGUGGGGUGACUCCUUUAAAAUAAUACAGUGCUAUAAAUGCUUUUUGCAUUUCAAACUCUUGUGCGAAAAUGUGUCCAGAGUGACAAACUAUGAAAUCCCUAGAUGUACAAAUUUGGAGACUUAGACUACUCAGACACAGCCAACUCCAAGCUGUGCGUCAUUACUGGGUGCGUCAGAGGCAGGGGGAGAGUCGUCUGGAUCUGGUCCAGAGGAACAUUUAGGUGUUGAAGCAGAUCGUCCCUCCACUGGCCCAGCACAGCCCUGACACCAUCCUCCUGGUCGUAUCCAACCCUAGUAACUCACUAUACCAUGGCCACUUCUUAUAUUAGUAUAGGGAGAAGUGAGUAGGAUAUUAUCAGACUGAUGAGACGAGUCAAGUCAAACUUAGUUAGUUAUAUGACUCCUUUUCCCUAUGUAAAUGUUUAUUCCUAGCGUGGAUAAACCCUGUCCAAUAGUAAUUGAGCAUGUAUAUAUUUGUUUCUAACCCUGGCUGGUUGCUAACCCGAUGGUACUGUACUCUGUGGCACUCCAGUGGAUGUGCUGACCUAUGUGGCCUGGUAGCUGAGUGGGUUCCCUCAGGAGAGGGUCAGCGGAACCAAUCUGGACUCAGCACGGUUCCGCUACCUGACGGAGAGAGACUGCAGAUCCACCCUAGCAUUGUCCACAGACACAUCAUAGGAGAGCACGGGGACUCCAGUGGUGAGACACUCCCCUGUAUCAUGUCAAAAACAGCAUCACAAUCAAUCCAUGCAAAAAUAUUAUUGAUCUGAACAAUCAAAGGAACAUUAAACGGUUGAACAUACAUUGAAUUUAACCGGACCAAUUAAAUACUUCUGGAAUGCAUAAUGAACACUUAGGUUGUUAGUUCAUUCAUUCGUGAUUUGGUAGUCAUAUUGUAAUUGUUGUUUCCUCUUCUGACCACACAGUAGCGGUGUGGAGUGGGGCCACUGCGGCUGGGGUCCAUCUGGAGAGCAUCACCAGAGAGCUGGAGGCUGGGCAGGAUUCAGAGGGCUGGGCAGAUGUACACCAGGCAGUCAUAGACAGGUAUUAAAGAUCAGCAUUGUCCUUGUCACAAGUAAAUGUGUAUCACCACUUGAUCUCUAGAAACAGGGGCAUAGAUUACAGUUAGAGCAAGUCAGUAUUAUCUUGAGUAUGUAUACACACACAGUAAUGUGGAACUCGAAAGCAGUGGAAAAUGUCUCUUAAGUGCUUAUGAGGUGAUCCGGCUGAAGGGGCACAACUCCUGGGUCAUUGGUCCGAGUGUGUCCAGCAGCACAGGUUAUACCGAAGAACCUCCGCACCAUUCACCCUGUGUCCACCCUCGUCAAGGUAGGUAGACCUGCAAAGAGCGUGUAGAAAAAUAUUACAGUGUUAAUCGUUUUAUGUUUUUACAUGUUGUGUGUAUUGUGAUUAUGUAUUCUCUGUGUGUGCGUUCGUGUGUGUGUGUGUUUCCCAGGGCAUGUGUGGGAUAGAGGAGGUGUACUCAGGGAGACAGAGGUUCAGGGGCUGCAGGCGAGUGCAUGGAUCCUGGGACAAACCAACAGCGAGCUGAGCCUCUAA